AUGAAUCCCUAUUGCUAUUUUGAUAUUGAUGAUAAUGAUGACUUUAAUGGCACUCCUUGUAAAUAACUUUCAUUAUUUAUAGAAUUUAAACCUAAAGACAACAAUCAAAAAUAAUCAAAUACUAUUAAUAAAAUAAGUAACACAAAUAAUGAUGAUUUGUAAUUAUUUCAUCUCUAUUUAAUAGGAAAUUUAAUGAAUAGCACAGACUUUUUGCCGAAAAUAUGAAAUAAUGUUAGUAAAUAUUUUCAAAAAAGAUUCAAAAACAUAAUAGUUCGAAUAUUGAAUAACCUUAGAUCAAGAAUAUUGCAUAGACACAAAAUUAAAAAAAAUUUCAUAAUUUGUUUUAACCAUUACUUCAUAAUAAUAUAGCAAUGCAGCGUUUAUAAAAUUCAAUAGCAUAAACAAAUAAUGAAAAUCCUCUAUAAAAUAAAAUCACCUAAAUAAAAAUAGAAGAAAUCUAGGAAAAUUUUUAAUAAAAAAAGAGCCAUACUUUAGAAAUUUGCAGUGUAUGCUUAUAACCAAAAGAAACUGAUCAUUAAUGUAAUGAUGAAUAUGGACUCAUAUCUUGUCCAUAUUGCAGUGAUCACAUAGUUAGAAAUUUUUUGAAUGAUCAUUUAAUUGAUUGUAUUCCAUACAUAGAACAUCAAUUUUAAACAUUAGAUAAGGUUGAGGAAUGUAGUAUUUGUAUGGAAGAUCUUGUAAAAAAUUAAUAGACUUUAAAUUGCACUCAUUCAUUUCAUAAAUCAUGUAUAGAUGUUUGGAAGUUAAAAAGUAAAGAAUGUCCUGUGUGCAGGAAACCAAUUUGA